CCUAAAGCCACCCCAAGACGCCGUCGAGGCACCCUGCCCCCUCGCGGCCGAUUGCGGCAGCUGCAUGACCAAGUCCCUUGCGUACGCCACGUAGAUCCGACACAAGCACCACUAGUGUCGAGACACUCCACGGCCGGCAUGCGCGCCCACCUCCCUGCCUCCGACCGGUUCGUCGAUGGCACCGGCGCCCUGGCCAACGGCGCCACGAUCCGCUGCUCGCCGUUCGGCCGAUGUCCUCUGCUGCCGUCGUGCAGCGCUCGCCGGCCAGAGACACUACGCAAGUCGGGUGAGAAACCAUCGUCUGGACGUCGGCAUGCCCGUGCCCUCCAACGUUGUCAUCACACCACCACUCAGGGUUAUUGGCAUCUCUUGUACUAUGGACAUGCCGAGACAACCACGCGUGACACUUACCGAUAUCACCAACACCUCAACCUCAGAUCAAGCCGGUGCCGUGGAUGCUGCUGCGCCGAGGAGGCAAGAAAGGAAUAAGCAACAACGCAAACGGCGAUAUGAGAUGUCUGAUGAACAAAGAGAAGAGAUUAAUAGGAAACAACAUGAGUAUCGUGCGCGAAAAAAAGGCAGAGUCAAACCGCACUUACCCUACAGGCGUCCUCACUCCAACCAUGACAUCCUCCACAUUGGCAGUUCAGAAUCAAAGCCAUUCUGCCAAUCCACUGUUUGAGUGCAUGAAUAAAGUAACUACAGGAUCGAUAUUUCUAUUGGAGAGCAUGAGCUUAUAACAAUACUUUCAAUUAAUCUGUUUAGUGCAUAACAUCUCGAAGUUUUCAGGCACAAUUUUUUUAAAGGUUUCACAUGUUUUUAGUAGUGAAGCAGCUAGGAAGCUUUGGCAUAUGCUCCAUCGUUUGGAUU